AGAAACGCGCAGUGCGCAGAAGCCGUGGAGCGGAAAAAGCAGAGUAAAAAACCAAGCAGCCUGCUUCUCUACAUCUCCCUCACCUGACACCAGAGCCCAGCGUUGAUUCCAACACAAGAGGACACAGACAGCGACCACGCGACGUCCGUUAGCAAUACUGAAGAAGGAACCAAGGGAAGUAAGUGAUACUGGACGGAAAAAUCCAACCUCGACUCCAAUCCUUAAUGAACUUAAUGUACGUCUUCUAUGCGCACCCGGAGAAGAAAAAGCGGAGGGUUGGGAACCGACGCGUGUCCAACACCAACGCAUAAACCCCAUCACUGCAGAAACAUGGAACCUUCUCGUCAAAGUAUCCUAUGGUGUUAACAUUGUAAUUUCUGUGUUUUAUCUCUGUUGAAAGGGAAGCGUAUUGCCUUAUGAAACGCGCGCAACUUUAAACUCAAGGUGUGGAUUUCCCGUUGAAACCAUAACCAAAACUGCAUCUCUCCUGUUUAGGAAGAGCGGAUGACUAAUCCGCAGCUCACCAAAGAAUAUCGGUUCAAACCUUAAACUGCGGCUGGUGCAGCCUUACGGCAGAUCAAGUGACUGAUAUUUUUAUAUAAAACAUUGGCCAGAUGGAGAGAUUUUUAUUCUGAUCCAUGUCACGAUAUUUGUGUUUGCAUUUUUUCUCUUUUUCUUUCCUCAGUUUGGAAUUUGUGGCUGGAAUCUGAGGAAAGACUGGAUGUUCCACGGUGACAGUUUCUUCUCAGGCAGCUGACAAUUAAACUACUUUUUUCCUUGCCUUAUUGUGGAUACAGUAAAAACGCACACAAAACUAGUACUGCGUCAAGUCGAAUCAAGGUACCGAGGGGGGACAGACUGCAGAUUGAAACGUAGAGAUCAUUUCUCUGACUCUUUUCAUCGUAUUAUGUCUGCACUUCGAAAGAAAUUUGGGGACGAUUACCAGGUAGUGACCACUUCAUCCAGUGGCUCUGGAUUUAACCAGCCGGCGCCAGAGAAGAAGAAAAAGAGACAGCGCUUCGUGGACAAGAACGGGCGAUGUAACGUCCAGCACGGAAACCUGGGCGGUGAAACCAGUAGAUACCUUUCAGAUUUGUUCACCACGCUAGUAGAUCUGAAAUGGCGCUGGAAUUUGUUCAUUUUCAUCCUAACUUACACGGUGGCAUGGCUCUUCAUGGCGUCGAUGUGGUGGGUCAUUGCAUACAUUAGAGGAGAUCUUAACAGAGCCCACGAUGACAAGUACACGCCGUGUGUUGCCAAUGUGUACAACUUUCCAUCGGCGUUCUUAUUUUUUAUUGAGACAGAGGCUACCAUAGGCUAUGGCUAUAGGUACAUUACGGACAAAUGUCCGGAAGGGAUAAUUCUGUUUCUUUUUCAGUCUAUCCUGGGAUCAAUCGUAGAUGCCUUUUUGAUUGGUUGCAUGUUCAUAAAAAUGUCUCAGCCCAAGAAAAGGGCAGAGACGUUGAUGUUCAGUGAACAUGCGGCUAUUUCAAUGCGAGAUGGGAAACUGACUCUUAUGUUUAGAGUUGGCAACCUGCGCAAUAGCCAUAUGGUCUCGGCACAGAUUCGCUGCAAAUUGCUGAAAUCGCGGCAGACGCCUGAAGGCGAGUUCCUGCCGCUGGAUCAGCUAGAGUUGGACGUGGGCUUCAGCACCGGGGCGGACCAGCUCUUUCUCGUUUCACCGCUCACGAUAUGCCACGUGAUCGACACCAAGAGCCCGUUCUACGAACUCUCUCAGCGAUCCAUGCAGACCGAGCAGUUCGAAAUCGUCGUGAUCCUGGAGGGAAUUGUUGAAACCACAGGGAUGACCUGCCAAGCACGGACUUCUUACACCGAGGACGAAGUCCUGUGGGGACACCGUUUCUUCCCUGUCAUCUCCCUGGAGGAGGGCUUCUUCAAGGUGGACUACUCCCAGUUCCACGCCACCUUCGAGGUCCCAACGCCUCCCUACAGCGUCAAGGAGCAGGAGGAGGCGCUGCUGAUCUCCUCGCCCCUGAUGGCGCCCUCCCUGUGCAACAGCGGGGAGAGGAACAGCUCUCUGGACGGGCUGGAGACGCUGGAGGACAUGGAGACCACCACCAAGCUGCCCUCCAAGCUGCAGAAGAUAACGGGGCGCGACGGGCUGCCGCGGAAGCUGCUGCGGAUGAGCUCCACGGCCUCGGAGAUGACCUACAGCCUGGGCGACCUGCCCAUGAAGCUGCAGCGUAUCAGCUCCGUGCCCGGCGUGUCCGAGGAGAAGCAGCUGGUCGCCAAGACCGCCAAGAUCACCACCGAGCCCAUCAGCCAGUCGGUGGCGGACUUGCCCCCGAAGCUGCAGAAGCUGGCUGGCGGAGGGACGGGGGGUCGCAUGGAUGGACACCUGCCCCCCAAACUCAGAAAGAUGAAUUCGGACCGGUUUACAUAAAAAAGGACCCCCCCCCACACACACACACACAUACUCACUCUCUCUCUCUCUCUCUCACACACACACA